AUUAAUGCCCUCCCACCCCUUCCUGCUCCGGGUCCUUGUAGAAAGGAGAGGAAAAUAGCCCAGGCCCCUCUCAUCUCUUGAUAAGAUAAGGGACCCAUCCAUCUUGCUCCCUUCCCCCACUGAGCCCCCUACCUCCACCCAACCCCACUGAGCCCCCAGUCCAGACCCUGCACUUGCUCUCGACACCCACCCGCCAGCAAGCCUUGCGUAAGUGCGAGACGAGGCGCCCAUUCAUCUCUUUCCUCCUCCUCCAGCUGGAGGCCUCCAGCCCUGACCCCUGCCCCGGGUCCCCUGGCCUGGUCCAGGGACAGCUUCUCCCAUGACGUGAUCAAGUCGUCCGGUCCAGGCCUCCAGGCGAGAUAAAAGGAUUGCGCUGACCGGGGGCAGAGGGAGCAUCAGAAUGGCAUUCAGGGCAAAGGCACGGGGGUGGCUGGCAGGGCGCCGGCUGUCCCUGAGCUGGGCACGCGCACUGGGCACCAGAGCCGCUCCAGCCCCCAAGGCCGUUCUGCCCUUCGAAGCCAUACCCCGGUGUCCCGGCAACAAGUGGAUGAGGGUGCUGCAGAUCUGGAGGGCGCAGGGCUCUGAGAACCUUCACCUGGAGAUGCACCGGACCUUCCAGGAGCUGGGGCCCAUUUUCAGGUACGACGUGGGAGGGACACACAUGGUGCACGUGAUGCUGCCCGAGGACGUGGAGAGGCUGCAGCGAGUGGAGAGGCCCCAGCCCUGGCGGCCACCCCUGGAUCCCUGGCUGGCCUACCGACAGCAUCGCGGGCAUAAAUGUGGCGUGUUCUUGCU